UUACAAAUUCAGUUUGGUCAAUUUGCCUCAGUUUAAAAGUUGCAGUGUUUGUUGAAUGCAUGUGCCUUUUCAAUUUUUGGUGAUGUUUUAAUUCUUGCACUUGUAAGAUGUAAUCUUUCGGCACCUUUAGCAUUUGAUUGUGUCUUGUGCUCCAAGGCAAGUUGAGUGAUCGCACUUGCAAGUUUACUUAUUACAGGCAAUAGGUCUUAAUUACACCACUGUUUGAAGAAACAAAUUCACUGAACUUGGCUGCCGUAACUCGAAACUAAGCAAUCACACAUAACGUAUUUCCCAGUCUAUAAGUUGUUUUUCUUUUGGAAAUUUUCGUUGGUGUGUCUUAUACACCGGUGCAACUUGUAUAUGGCACUUUCCUGUUUCUUUCCUGUUUUUUUUUUUUGAAGUAAACAGUUGUCAAAAUUGUAUUGGAUGCUAUGGCCUCCAGUGACUCACUGGGUUGACCUCCUCUGGCAGUUUGUACAGGUUGUAUGCGCGCUAUGGCGGGUACCGGGUUCUUUUUGUGAUAGAGUUGGGAAAGCACACUGUGCGAGAAGGAUGGAGCAGCAACAUGAGUGAUGGAAGUCCACAAGUCAACCGACUCCGAAGUCGUCGCAUCUGCAGAUCACUUUCAAGAUACGCGCAUGUCGUUGCACAAUCUACACAGUUGCUACCACAGUACAUGCCUUCCUCCUCUGUCCGCUUUCCUGCUUUCCACCUUUGUGCACGAUGCGACUCACUGUCGCACACUUUCAGUCGCACAUACAGCAUAGAUAGCGCACAGGGACGAUGUUAUUGCCCUUGGACUUCAUACGGUAGAUCGCAGCGACCAUGAUGGCAGAAAUACGUAAAAUAUCAUGCUUGCGCAUGACCUGCAUUCAGGAAGUGAAAUGUCAUCAUAUUGUUUUUUUAUUUAAGUUGCUUACCAACUGAACUGGUGCAUCUUAUACACUGGUGCAACUCAUACACUAUUUUGUUAAGAAAAACUGCCGUUUUGAGGGGGGUGCGAUUUAUAGAAAAGUGACUUAUACAUUGGAAAAUUCAUAUUCAGCAAAUGUUUGGUCUAAUCUGAAAUUACAAUCGGUAUUUCUUCAGUGAAGAAAAAAGCAAUUGUCAGUAUUAGUACGUUGUGUUUUUUCAUUGGCAUUUCAUAAUUACAAUUUUGUUUUCAAAUCAAAAGCAUUACUAUGGUAACCUGUUCUAAUUUGUUUUUGCAGCAUCGAGGCCUUCCAGCUGUCAAGCUGCAAUUACGAAAAGUGACAAGUCACCUAAGGGACGCCGUCACCACUGUAACUUCUGUGACUAUAAGACUGAUAGUAUGUGUCAUCUGAAAGCACACACCAUCGUCCAUACAGGCGAGCGGUCAUUCGAAUGCCAUUUGUGCCCUCAGAGAUUCUCAGUAAGGAGUCGUCUCAAUGUGCACUUGCGUACUCACACAGGCGAGAGGCCAUUUCAGUGCCCUUCAUGCCUUCGGAGCUUCCAACAAAAGACUCAUCUCAAUGUACACCUCCGCAUUCACACAGGCGAGAGGCCAUUUCAGUGCCCUUCAUGCCCUCGGAGCUUCUCACUUAAGUGCACUCUUACUGAUCACCUGCGUAUCCACACAGGCGAGAGGCCAUUUCAGUGCCCUUCAUGCCCUCGGAGCUUCUCACUUAAGCGCACUCUUACUGAUCACCUGCGUAUCCACACAGGCGAGAGGCCAUUUCAGUGCCCUUCAUGCCCUCGGAGCUUCUCACUUAAGCACACUCUUACUGGUCACCUGCAUAUCCACACAGGCGAGAGGCCAUUUCAGUGCCCUUCAUGCCCUCAGAGCUUCUCGCUAAAGUGCACUCUGAGAGAUCAUCUCCGCACUCACACAGGUGAGAGGCCAUUUCAGUGCCACUUAUGCCAUAAGACCUUUGCAUGUAGAAGCAACCUAACUAAGCACCUGAGGCGUCACAAGGGCAAGUGACCCUUUCAAUGCUACCUCUGCUUUGAGAUCUUUUUUGGAAACAGCACAUUUUCUCAUUCAAGAGCGCUUUGCAAGUGUUAAAGAGGUUGUGUUAGACAAAUAUCAAGCUGUGGGAUGCCUUCAUCAUUGCUACUUGAGUAUUUUUAUGCAUCUAGUAAACCUUUACAAUGCAAACUAUGCUGCCAGUAUGCGUGCAUAGCUUCAUGCUAGUCCGUGGUAGUGCUUGUUUAUGCAUGCGUCGAGUUUUACUUGAUUCUAUUUGUUUGCCUGAUUUUGAUGGGUGGCUAUUAAGAAACAACUGCCACAAAAUAAACAAUCCUUGCUCUGGUAGCCUACGUUUGCUGUGUCUUGGAUACUGCGUUCUCAGCCCUCAGGCAUGGUGUAGCAAUGGCAGUGAGAAAUGUACAAACAUUUUGAAAAGCAAGGGCUUUGCUGCUUGAGCAGGGUCAUAAGAAAUACCACAUUUGACGACGGCAAGGACAUUAAGUGGACUUCAUACAUCAUUCGCAUGGAGUUCUACUUCAAAGGUAACAGUAUUGCAAAUCAUGCCCUGAAGAGAAUGCUUCUUGUCUCGGCUCUCAAAUCAAAGUGAACUGAAGUCCUCAUUGGGUGAUGUUCUUGUAAGGUGAACUAGUUCACGUGCAAAGAGGCUGUUGAAAAAUUAUGCAAGGCUUUUAAGAGCUCAAGCCCAGUGAUAUUGCGGAAAGCUUCAGAUAUCUUACUUGUGUCCAAAAUGAAGACAAAUCCCAGCAAUCUACUGUCAUGCUCCAACGACAAGCUGACAAAUCCAACUUUGGGGACAUGUUGGACUUAAUGCUAUGGGACAAGAUUGUAUGUGGAAUCCGGAACAAUAUGUUACAGGAAGCAAUGGUUUCUCUUGGGAGCUUGACGUUGAAGGAAGCUGAGAGAAUGGUGCUGGCAGUAGGAGUUGUGGGUAAAGCCACCAUGCUCGUGAAGACUGUUGAUGUCAAGACCGAACCAAACUGCAUAAGCUGAUAGGCAACCAGCACGAAGCACAAAUAGGCAAGAAAGUAAAGAGUGGAGAAGGAACGGAAACAAAACACUCUGAACAAGCUUGCAAGUUCAAGAAUGCAAAGCGCUUCGAGUUUGACAGGAAGGGGAUUGUAAUCUGUGUAGGCUAAGUGGCAAGAAUUGGAACACCUUCGCUUUAAUUGGAAACCUGAACAGAAUCGAGGCGUGUUCUUCUCAGCUGUUCGUUAUUGCCAAAAGCCAAGCAUCGGUGCUGAAUAACGAAUUUAUACGUCCCGUGCAGCACAUGUUCUUCUGUGGAGGCAUGAAUGAAAAUAAACUUUGGUGCACCAUUAUGUGUCAUUCCCUGUGAUGUCUACAGUACACACUGCUCAAUGUUGUCUGAAACCCAGAAGACAGACUUGAGGUUAUCCUGCUUCCGGGGACUUUGGCUAUCGCUGGAAAGUUUACGCUUACAGUUUCCUGCAAUUGCAAGAUGCUGCCUCUAUGACCAUAAUUUAUCAUUCACGGCCAUGUUUAUGUGGUCACAACCUCACUCGAGCCAUAAACAGAGCAGGUGCUACAGUCCAGCUCCUGAGCAGUACCAGCGGACGAGAUGACAAGGACCUCGAAGAAAUGCUGUAUCAAAAUGUCUUCCUGCCAGAACAAGGCCUGUUCAAGGCUCUGCUCGUUCUCUUCUAUGUCAAAGGAGAAGCCGUUUCAAACUUCUAACACCGUCAAGGUGAGACCACUUUUGUAUGCAAUGUGAAACAAGGUGACUGAAAAGUUGGAAAGGCUAGUGAAAUCAGGUGUGCUUUCUCCUGUCGCUCACUGAGAAUGGGCUAUGCCAAUUGUGCCAGUGCUCAAGAGAGACGGAUCUGUGGCAACUACAAGCUAACUCUGAAUGCAGCAUGCGUCACUGAACAGAAUCUGCUUCCAGUCAUCGAUGGUAUUUUUGCUGCAGUGCGCAAGGGAUUGUAAUCACCUGUGAAACAAGGUGACUGAAAAGUUGGAAAGGCUAGUGAAAUCAGGUGUGCUUUCUCCUGUCGCUCACUGAGAAGGGGCUAUGCCAAUUGUGCCAGUGCGCAAGAGAGACGGAUCUGUGGCAACUACAAGCUAACUCUGAAUGCAGCAUGCGUCACUGAACAGAAUCUGCUUCCAGUCAUCGAUGGUAUUUUUGCUGCAGUGCGCAAGGGAGACGUCUACAGCACUGUAGACUUGCAUGAUGCCUAUGACCACAUUCCAUUGGAUGAAAAGGGAAAGAAGUUGAUGACCAUCAAUACCCACAAAGGGUUGCUUUCCUUCAACCACCCAACUUAUGGAGUGUCAUUCGCUCCAGCUAUGUUUCAGUACACCAUGGAAAAUAUGUUUGGCAUUCCAACAGGCGUACAAGCAUAUAUGGAUGACUUCCUGGUGGUGGAAGAGAAACUCAACAGUGGAUGAAUCUCAAGGCAGUGCUCCAGCAUUUCUGUGAAUGUGGCAUCAAAAUGUGCAAGGAUAAGUGUUCCUUCAUGAAGCCGAAGGUAUUGUAUCUGGGACACAAGAUCACCAGCUAUGGACUUCAUCCAGUGGAAGCUGUGAUGAAAGCGCCAAGUCAGAAAAGUGUGAGCAAGCUGCAUUCAUAGAUUGGUCUGCUCAAUUAUAGCAAUUUGCUGCUUUGCAUGGCAAUGAUCCUGGCUUCGUUGUGGAACCUUCUGAGAAAGGAUUACCAUUUGAAAUGCUCAUCAAAGCAGCAACAGUCCUUGGAACAAUCUAAGGAAGCCCUUCAAAAUGUCAGAAUGCUCACGCAUUUUGAUCCAACCAAGUCACUGCCCUUCGAGUGUGACACGUUUCCACAUAUAUAGGAGCAGUGCCCCAUCGUGUGAAGCCUCUAAAGAAAAAUGAAAAGUAGCUCCAUGCUUUGAAGAUGGCUGCCGUCCUGCCCCCUGCGCUUUCCCUUAAUGCUCGGCCCUCCCAUUGGCCGAAUGUCAUGCGCUCACUCGUGCUUUUUUCUUGCUUGUUGUUUGCUUGUGCCACCAUUGCGGUGCCAAACACAGUGAGCGGCGUAACCAUGCGGCACAUUUCGCGCCUCCUUCGUGCUUUUGUAGCAUAGUUCCAUGUUCAUGAUGCCGCAUUGCUGUGCCUUUAGGUGCAGCACAAGUGAAAGGGACCACAAGCGACUAUUUUGUAUUCCAUCUGCCAAGCGAGAUUCGGCACGGAGGAACGUCUGGCUUCAAAGAAUCAGCCGGGAUUGUGAGCAUGGAAGACUUCCAGCUAUCAAGCUGCAACUAUGAAAGGUGACAAGUCACAUCAGGGAUGCCGCCACCACUGUAACUUCUGUGACUAUAAGACUGAUAAUGUAUGUCAUCUGAAAAGACACAACAUGCUUCAUACAGGCGAGCGGCCGUUUGAAUGCCAUUUGUGCCCUCAGAGAUUCACACGAAAGUACAAUCUCAAGGUACACCUGCGCACUCACAAUGGGGAGAGGCCAUUUCAGUGCCCUUCAUGCCCCCAGGCCUUUGCACAUAAUACCAGCCUAUAUAGGCACCUGAGCCAUCACAAGGGCAAGUGACCCUUUCAAUGCUAGUUCUGCUUUCAGAGCGUUUUUGUAAACAGCACAUUUUUCUUGUCAUUCUACAACACUUUGCAAAUGUUAAAGAAGUUGUGUAAGACAAAUAUCAAGCUGUGGGUCUAGUAUCAAAGGUAUGCCUUCAUCAUUACCACGUGAGUAUUCUUAUACAUGUAAUAAACUUCUGCAAUGUUGACUGUGCUGUUAGUGUGCAUGCAUAGCUUCAUGCUAUUCUGUGAUAGCACUUGCUUAUGCAUGCACCGAGUUUACUUGAUUGUAUUUGUUUGUCUGAUUUUGAUGGGUGGCUAUUAAGAGGCAACUGCCAUAAAAUAAACGAUCCUUGAUCUAGCAGCCUA